UGUAACGCCAUCUUCAGGCUGUCCGGGCUCCAUGUCGCAGUGUCCUCCUCUCUACCACUAGACGGCGCUACACAAUAACGCCAUAGACGGAAACACAUCUAAAAUCUUCAUUUGCGCACGCGCAACCUUCGUUCUUCCUUUCCGACGCUCGAGCGAGAGAGACAAGAUGGGCCAUCAGCAGCUCUAUUGGAGUCACCCCAGAAAAUUCGGACAGGGAUCCCGAUCCUGCCGAGUAUGCUCGAACAGACAUGGUCUGAUCCGUAAAUACGGGCUCAACAUGUGCCGCCAGUGCUUCAGGCAGUACGCUAAAGACAUCGGCUUCGUCAAGCUGGACUAAAUGUCACGUCCUCGGAUGGGUCCAGUGAUCUCUGGAAAGCUGGCCAAGAUGGGAUAAUUCAGCACUGCAAAUAAAUGUGUUUUUUUGUCCAAGCUAA